GCAUCUUGUAUACAUAUAAGGUUAAGAAAUUAGGAGCAUCGAACAUUGUCAUAAAUACAUUUGAUAAAAAAUUCGUAUAUUAUCGUAGAAAGAAACUAAAGGAAGACAAUAAUCUAGUAUGUCAAAGGUACUGGAUGAGGAAUUGAAGCAAGCUUUUUCAAAGCUGCAUGAAAAGAUGGUGGAUACCAAGCAGAAGCUAAAGCUGGCUGAUAUACAAAUUGAUAAGCUGCGACGUACAAAGCAGCGGGCAGAACUCACUACAAAAGAAAUUGGCUGCUUUCCCGAAGACACAAGAAUAUACGAAUCUGUCGGUCGAAUGUUCUUCCUAGAUGAUGUGAACAAUAUUAAGAGCAAUCUGGAUACUAGAAUGAAAACAUCUGAUGAGAAGAUUAAGACAUUAGAAAAUAAUAAAAUAUAUUUGCAACGUAGUUUAAAGGAAAGCGAAAAUGAAAUCAGAGAAAUGAUUCAACAAAAACAGAGUAAAGAAUCUUCUGGUUAAAACGUUAUUAAAUCAUUAUGUGAAUGCUAUUUUCAUUUUUCUUGCACAUUCUUUGAGCUUGUCAAAAUCAUUAUAUGAAACAAGUGUCUAUAACUACCCACUUAUAAGAAUCUAAUCUGUUAAUUUGAAUUUGUGCUUUGCAUUUUCAUACAUUACUGUUGCAUUUUCAUAUUUUGUGUGCAAUAUAUUUGGAAUAAAACUCGUUAAUACUAGAGAAAAAGAGACAGAAUUCAACAAUUUAUAUAAAUUAAAUCAAAUAUGAAACAUAAAAUUAUACACAAAUUGUAGAACAUACUUUUGUAAGAAGUAACAUUGUAUGCAAAUAACAUUGUGCGUCUAUAGGAAUUUUAAUUAAAUAAACAUUCUGAUUUUAUAACUUAAAAAA